CCGACUGGAUUGAACAAGAAGGAUCGAUAGACCCGUGACGGACAGUCCAACCUCAGACCCACAACGGGCACACUCCGAUCGACUUUUUUUUUGCACGCUCUUUAAUCAUGUAUCAAAACAGGUCAAAGUGGCCUGCUCUGUGCAUCAGCCUGUUGGUCUUCUUGGCAGAAGCCAGGGGUCAGGAUUGCGAGGAUGCCGUUGUCCCGCCAGAGGUGGUCCAAUUCAACAACACCCUGUACGCAGCGUGCAGAAUGAAGCCGAGCAGCGGGCUCGCCGCUGACCUCGAGCGGCUCUACGGUCACGUGCUCUUUAAGCAGGAGUAUCCGGACGGGACCUUGAACGUUCACUUUAUCAUUGGCGGCUUUCCGAUGGGUCCCUCGAACCUCAGAGCCAUACACGUCCAUCAGUUUGGAGACAUCAGCGGGGGAUGCACCUCCACCGGUCCCCACUACAACCCGGACGCGGUGUCCCACCCCGGCCACCCAGGGGACUUCGGUAACUUUGCUGUCAAGGACGGAAAGAUCAUGGAAUUGAAGGAAUACGCCAAGGCCACCCUGUUCGGACCUCAGUCGGUCCUCGGCAGGGGCGUGGUGCUGCACCUGAAGGCGGACGACAUGGGCAACGGCGGCAACGCAGAGAGUCUUCUCAACGGGAACGCCGGUACCAGGCUGGCCUGCUGCGUGAUAGGGCUCUCUUCAGAUGCCCUCUGGAACAAGUACCUUUGAUUGUGUCAUUUGAUGAACCAUUGAUGACAUGAUUGGUUAACUUACACCAUUGAUUAGAUAAUUUGGCGCACUGAUUACAUAAAGAUAUACCAUUAGUUACAUCGUUUGACGAACCGAUGGCAUAUUUAAAUGUACCAUGGAUGACAUGUUUGAUGACCCGCUAAAAACAUAAUUUGGGCUAACAUUGUUGACAGCAUUUGCUGAACCAUUGAUUGCUUAAUUUGAUGUAAAAUUCAUAAUUUGAUGUACCAAUGCUGACAUCUGAAUACAGACCAUACACGACCCAGUUCUCAAGGUAUUUUAUUAACAUAAUAAAGUGCAUUAUGUGGCCUGGACUACAUGUAUAUUCAACAUUUUAAAUGACUAAAUGAUAAAUAUAUUAAUAUAU